ACAAGAUCAGUGUCUCGUGAAAAGUCGAAGAGUUCGCGCAUAUACCACGGACAUCAUUCUGAAUCGUUUCCUGUUCUCCGUAUAUCUCGCGGUUCGAGGGUGGUGGAACGUAUAUGCAUGUUUUUAUAACAUGGUGGUCUUUGGCUGGAUGUUUUGCAUUUUUAUCAUAGGUAGUCGGGCGGCAGCAAACAAUGGCUUCAAAAGUUAUCCUACAACGGUGAAGACCUUUGAAAAUGACACGGUCCUGCUUCCCUGUUACGUCGAAGAUCUUGAUAACGUACAGACGAGAGUGAGGUGGUGGAGGGAUGGCAUCCUUUUGGCUGACAGCGGUGAACCACGACACGAACCACCUGAAAGAGUUAAAAUGUACUCAAACAGAAGCUUGGAGGUUUCCCACGUGAAACGGAACGAUACGGGGGAAUAUGUAUGCCAAGCGUCUCGACCAGCUCCCUGGGGACAUGCCACGCAAGUACACGAGAUUGAAGUAAUGUAUCCACCCAGCGUCCAUCCGAUACCAGAAUCUGGUAAACUGGAAGUGAAUUUAGGAGAGGAAGUGGAUAUGGCCUGUGUGGCAAAGGGUGUUCCAGUUCCAAUCAUAUCUUGGAGGAACAAGGACGGGGAAAUACCAUUUUUAUAUGAUAGAUCACGUCUGCGAUUCCACGCUGAAAGCCCCAGCGACGCUGGACGGUACACUUGCGUGGCAAAUAACGACGUUGGUGAACCUGCCAUGGCCACUAUAGAUCUAUACAUUAGAUACAAACCCAGGAUCGAGAUGACGAAAACAUGGAUGCACGCACCCGCUGGGAUAAGAGUACAGCUACAUUGCGGGGUGACUGCCUGGCCAGAGGCAACGGUGGAGUGGUAUUUCAACAAUAGAAGCGUGAAAUAUUCAUCGAGGAUAGUGAAACACAACGCAGGCAGCGAUCACAGUUUAGUGAUAAGGAACGUCAGGACGACGGAUUAUGGUUUCUACCUCUGCAGAGCUUCUAAUUCCUUGGGAAUCACCGAGGCAGCGGUCGAAUUAUCGGGUGUUGCGAAUCCGCCCGUCUUUAAAAAGACUUCGCACAGCCUCUCUAAGACCUCGUACAAUUUCGUCUGGGAGGUUCACAGUUACAGUCCAAUAGUUCAGUACGAAUUCAGAUUUCGUAAAUACGUGAACGGCGUUCCUGGUCAGUGGUGUAAAUUGUACAUACCCAGCGGCAACGAUGGAAACAGUUUCAUACACACAUACUCGUUCAAAUUGACGGGAUUGCAAGAAGCAACGCAUUAUGAGGCGCUUGUUUUAUCGAAAAAUCGUUAUGGCUGGAGUAAGUCAUCGGAAAUAAUACGAUUCGCAACGGAAGGUGCUCUGGACAAAGAUAAUUACAUAACGAACGCGAUACAAGAGGAUAAAAUCGCACCAGCCGUACAACUUGCAUCGAUGUCCCAACAUCCUCCUCUGGAUACUGAUAACAGUGAAUCCUCUGUUACACAAGCAAAAGCAAUGACAAUUAUAAUAAUAAUAUUUAUAUUAUACGUUUUCAAUAUUAAUUUUUGUAAGUUGUAAGAUAUUUGUAUAAAUUACUAACGUCGCAUUAAAUUAGGUUUUAUUGAUUAAUGAAGUAGAAACAGAAGAAAGAAAUGUUAAUUCUGUCCUAUAUUAGGAUAAAAUUUCAUGAACAUUAAGCAGUUUGAACUUUAAGAUUGUAAAUAGAUUUUAACUUUGAAUACAGGGAAAAUGUUUAUUUGUGAAGAAGAGAAACUUUUUAAAUAGAUUAUAAAACUAUGUAUAAAAUAAAUCAUGAAAAAUAUAA